AUGAGCAGCAGUAGCACUACGACCACCGGUAGUAGUACUACUACGAGUAGUAGCAUCACUUCAAGUAGUACUACUAUCAGUAGCAGUAGUACAUCAAGUAGCAUUACUACCAGCAGUAGCAGUACCACAAGUAUUAUCCAAACGACUGAUGCUGAAAGUACAACACAAAUCCAGGAAGAUGAAUUCAUUUCAACAGUACAAGACUCAACAAUAGUUUCAAGCACGGCUUCGAUAACAACAUCUCAAAGAUUAGAUAUCAAUGAAACUUGUUAUUCACCGACAAUUACGUUAAUUCCUGGACAAUCAUCUCUAUCAUCUCCAAUAACAUAUCGACGUAGUCAAGAUUUUUCCAUUACUUCAAUGAUUCAGUUUAACUGUGAUGGUUCACUUUCAACAACUACAAAAUGGACAAUAAAGAAUUGUACUUCAAAUAGCUGUUCAUUUGAGAUUCUAUUAAAUGAAAAAGUUAUGACAACAUAUAGUGAACUUUAUAUUCCAUCAAGAACUCUUACUUAUGGUGUUUAUCAAUUAACCUUAACCGUGACACUGAUUGAUUCACCUAAUUUAAAAUCAUCAUCUUCAGUUUAUGUGAGAAUAACUGCAACAGGUAUAACAGCAAAUCUUGUGCAACUAGGAACAUCUAUGAUAACACGAGGUGAUCAACAGGAUCUUUUACUUGAUCCUGGAACAUUUUCAGUUGAUCCUGACGAAGAUACAUUUGAUGCAACUAAAUGGAAAUAUACAUAUUAUUGUCGAAUUUAUGGUUUAUAUAAUUUCCCAAAUCUACAGGGAAUAUUAUUAUCAAUUGAUGAUUCAACAAUUGAUCCUUAUAAUCCAUCAUGUUUGUCAACUCGAUCAGGAAAUGGAACAGGAUUGAUAUUCGGAAAUUUAACUUUAUCACCUAAUUCAUCUCUAACAGUUCUUGGUGGUUCACUUCAAUUAAAUCAAAUCUAUCAAUUUAUGGUUUAUAUGGAGAAUCGUAAGAACUCUUCUAUUCAGGCAACAGGUUAUGUAUUGGUUACAACUGAAAUUACUCAUCCACAAUUGAUUGCUGUUGGUUGUGUAAUAUCAACAAUGUGUGUUCCAAAUCUUGAAUUUCAACUUCUUAAUCCAACAACACAAGUUGCUUUAUUUACUCUUUGUAUUGGAACUUGUACAAGUCUUCAAAGUAUUAAAUGGAAUAUUUAUCAAGGAUCAGACAAUGCAACAUCUUCAAAUUCUACUCAAUGGGUUUUAUUUAAUAAUACGAUUCUAUAUGAAAAUAUUUGGUUUUUUGGUACAAACACAAGUAAUUUCACAGCAACAGAUCAAUUAUUUCUUAAUAAUCUUCAAAUAAGUCUUUGGCGUUUUGAAGUUGUUUAUACAUUCCAAUUCGCAAUAAGUACAAGUGCAUUGAAUUUUAUUAUUAAUCAACCGCCUGCAAAUGGUUCGUGUUCAAUCAAUCCGCUUGGUGGUACUAUAACUACUUUAUUUACUAUUACGUGUCCAGAUUGGUAUGAUGUAGAUGGAAUACAAGAUUAUUCAUUAUAUACAUGGACAACAGACAUAUCACAACGAACAAUGAUUGCGUUUUCACCAGAAGAUAAUUUUCAAGUUCGAUUACCAGCUGGUGAUAAUGAAACUUCAUCACUUAAUCUUGUUGUUUAUGUUCGAGAUCUUGCUGGUUCUGUUGCACAAGUGAAUAUAUCGUCUGUUAAUGUUAUUGCAGAUUCCGUAACAAUCAAUGAUUUAAUUGAUAAAAUAAUAAAUUCGUCGAGUACAAUAACAAAUAAUCCAAUUGUUCGAUUACUUUCAAGUGGAAAUCAAAAUGUUGUUGGACAAAUGAUCAUUUCAUUAUCACAAGAAUUCAAUCAAAUGAAUAGUGAAAAUUUAGAUAACGCUAUAUCGAGUAAAUAUUCAUAUUCAGUUUAUCAAAGAUAAUUAAAAUAAUUUUGCUCCGCAAGGCUCAGUCCUCGCGGCUACACUAUUUCGUCUCCACGU